AUGAAUUUGUCCCAGGUCCCAUGUAACACAUCAAAUGGCCAGAUACCCAGAAAGAAAGACGUCCAACCCCCAAAGCAGCAGCCGAUGAUAUAUAUUUGUGGAGAGUGUCACACUGAAAAUGAAAUAAAAUCCAGAGAUCCAAUCAGAUGCAGAGAAUGUGGAUACAGAAUAAUGUACAAGAAAAGGACUAAAAGAUUGGUGGUUUUCGAUGCUCGGUGAAAACUUGGAAUUCAGGAGUGUC